AGGUCCUGGCCGACGUUCCCGCCACCUCGUCGUCCAGCGGCGGCGGCGCCGCUCUCCCGGCGGGCGUGCCCGGGGGCCCGCCCUCGACGCUGCGGCAGGUGCUGAUCGUGUGCCGGCACGGCGCCCGUCUCCCGACCAAGGGCAACAUGUCGGGGGACCUCGGGUGGCCCACGAGCCCGGACUUCUGGAAGCAGUACGCCGGGCACCUGACGCCCCUGGGCUGCCAGCAGCUCAUCUGGAGAGGACCUGAACGGGCUCUACCUCGGCCACUACGGCCUGCUGGACGGGGUGCCCCCCGAGAAGGUGGGCCUCCACGUGCUGGCCUACUGCUCCAACUUCCAGCGGACGCUCUUCUCGGCCUGGUCGAUGCUCCACGGCCUCCUGCCGGACGUCCCGCGGCACAUCUGCUCGAAGAGCGAGCGCGUCCUGCUCGACUACCAGCAGGUGUGCCAGAACUAUUACGGCACCGCGGGCAGCGGCAGCACCAUGGGCGUGCCCAUCGUGGUGCAGGACGCGCAGGCGGACCGCCUGCUGCGGCAGUGGGAGUCGCUGCCCAAGAAGGAGAGGGACGAGUUCAAGCAGUGGCAGCAGAGGAGCUCGCUCGCCGCGCCCCUGCUGCGGAGCCUGGCGGAGGACCCCCGGAGGGGCGGCGCGGACCUGGCCGACAAGCUGUGGCGCAUGACCAGCAUGGCCGCGCUGGAGCCCGCGGAGGGCCGCACCCUGCACAAGCGCCUGACGGCCCUGAGGAACGUGCAGACGCAGGUGGAGAUCGCCAGGGCGCACGGCAUGGCCGUGAUCCCUAACGAGGGCGGCCUCUCGCUGUCUUGCGACGAGCUGCGGGUCAUCGACGCGGUGGCGCAGGAGCAGAAGAGGCACUGGUUCCACGCCGCCGCCGGCCUCGACGAGUCCGUGGGGAGGGAGGCCGCGAGCAACCUGGCCCACCUCAUCUGGUGGCACAUGGCCUGCAUGGAGGACGGCGCGAAGGCCUGGAAGACGCCGGGCGGCACCCUGCGGCAGCGGCGCUUCGGCCGCAUUGCGGAGGCGGCGGCGAGCGACGGCGAGCCCGACGUGGAGAGCCCCGCCGUGAGCCCGGGGAUGGGGCCCCCGCAGCGGUCCAGGAGCAGCAAGAGCGGCGCCAGCGCGUCCAGCGACGAGAGUCCGCACGCCGAGUCCGCCGGCUUCCGCAGGCCGAAGCGGGUGGUCCUCUUCUCUGGCCACGACACCACCGUCAUGGCGCUGGCCGCGAAGCUGGGCUUCAACCUGCCGCCGCCCAAGUUCGGGGGCUACCUCCUCUUCGAGCUGCACGACGGCGGGCAGGUGAAGUGCAAGUACAACCAGGACCCCUCGAAGCGCGCGGCCACGGCCUCGUCCCUGACGUCUAGGCAGCUGCCGAAGGAUCCCUCCAAGGGCUUUGUCGAGUUCGACGACCUGCCGGAGGGCUCUACUCCCCUCAAGACGUUUAAGGAGCGCUGCCAGAACAAGGCGAUGAAGAGUGCUGCACGAAGGCUGGGCAUGCUGGAGAGGACCGACUCGUGGAGCAGGAGCGACGGCGAGGGCAGCGAGAGCUCCAGCAGCCGGCGCAGCGGGACGCGGGCGCUCGGCGCGAGCCUCCUGCAGGGGAUGGACCCGCUGACCCGCGACCGCGCGGAGGUCGCCUUCAAGGCGAUGGACCCAAGCAACACUGGCAGCGUCAGCGUGAAGAGUCUCACCAAGACGGCCAACGAACUGGGCGUGGAGAUCUCACCCGAGGCCCUGCAGCUCGCGGCGGAGUGCUUCGGCGACGAGGGGGGCAGCCAGUUCACGCGCGAGAGGUUCCUCGAGCUGUGGGCCCUGCUGGACCAGGCGUACCUCGGCUGGGACACGUGAGCGUGAGGCGUUUUUCAGUUACGCCGCGUGCCCCCGCGGGCCCCCGCCUUUUGCAGGUCAGGUUGGGCCGUGCAGCGCUCUGGGCUCGCCGGGGCAGUAUUCCCUUCCUCCCUUCCCCUCUUUCUGCUCCUCUUCCUCCCUCCUCCUCCUCCUCCUCCUCUUCCUCCUCCCCCCGCCUUCUCCACCCAUGUGCCACGGUGGCCUCGCCCGCAGCGGAGCUGUCGGUGGAUCGCCGCCAGGGCGCUCCACGCAGCCGAGCUGGCUCUCGGUCGGGAAAGGCUAGGGCGCAUCCCAGUGCUCGCGCCGACACCUGGCGGCAGCAAGCACACGAAGCUCGGACCCCGCGGGCCGCGUGUCGCGCGUCGACCAGCAUGAGACACUUGGCGUCUGCUUUCGAGGAGGGCUGCAGUCGCACGCGCUCGCCCCAGCGCGGCGACCCACUCGCUCGCUAUGACGCGUGGGAUUCGGCUCCAGGCUGUAGCCCGGUGUGCAGCUUUCGGCUCUGGCGACGUGGCUCGGCCGCUGGAGGCCAGUGUGCGCAGCCGUCGCUGGCACCGGGCUGGUCUGUGGCCCUCCGCCCGGGUGGUGAGAG